AUGCGUGAGAUUGUUCACCUCCAGACCGGCCAGUGCGGUAACCAGAUUGGUGCUGCCUUCUGGCAAAACAUUUCUGGCGAGCACGGCCUAGACAGCAAUGGAGUCUACAACGGCACCUCUGAGCUCCAGCUCGAGCGCAUGAGCGUCUACUUCAACGAAGCUUCCGGCAACAAGUACGUGCCCCGUGCCGUCCUCGUCGAUUUGGAGCCCGGUACCAUGGACGCCGUCCGUGCCGGUCCUUUCGGCCAGCUCUUCCGCCCCGACAACUUCGUCUUCGGCCAGUCUGGUGCCGGCAACAACUGGGCCAAGGGUCACUACACCGAGGGUGCCGAGCUCGUCGACCAGGUUCUCGAUGUUGUCCGCCGCGAGGCUGAGGGCUGCGACUGCCUCCAGGGUUUCCAGAUCACCCACUCCCUCGGUGGUGGUACCGGUGCCGGUAUGGGUACCCUCCUGAUCUCCAAGAUCCGUGAGGAGUUCCCCGACCGCAUGAUGGCCACCUUCUCCGUGGUUCCCUCCCCCAAGGUCUCCGACACCGUUGUCGAGCCCUACAACGCCACUCUCUCCGUCCACCAGCUGGUCGAGAACUCCGACGAGACCUUCUGCAUUGAUAACGAGGCUCUCUACGACAUUUGCAUGCGUACCCUCAAGCUGUCCAACCCCUCUUACGGCGACCUGAACCACCUGGUCUCUGCUGUUAUGUCCGGUGUUACUACCUGCCUGCGUUUCCCGGGUCAGCUGAACUCUGACCUGCGCAAGCUGGCUGUCAACAUGGUUCCUUUCCCCCGUCUCCACUUCUUCAUGGUCGGCUUCGCUCCCCUGACCAGCCGUGGCGCCCACUCUUUCCGCGCCGUCAGUGUUCCUGAGCUCACCCAGCAGAUGUUCGACCCCAAGAACAUGAUGGCUGCCUCUGACUUCCGCAACGGUCGCUACUUGACCUGCUCUGCCAUCUUCCGUGGCAAGGUCGCCAUGAAGGAUGUCGAGGACCAGAUGCGCAACGUCCAGAACAAGAACUCCUCCUACUUCGUCGAGUGGAUCCCCAACAACGUCCAGACCGCCCUCUGCUCUAUUCCUCCCCGCGGCCUCAAGAUGUCCUCCACCUUCGUCGGUAACUCCACCGCCAUUCAGGAGCUGUUCAAGCGUGUCGGUGAGCAGUUCACUGCCAUGUUCCGUCGCAAGGCUUUCUUGCAUUGGUACACUGGUGAGGGUAUGGACGAGAUGGAGUUCACUGAGGCUGAGUCCAACAUGAACGACUUGGUUUCCGAAUACCAGCAAUACCAGGACGCUGGUGUUGACGAGGAGGAGGAGGAGUACGAGGAGGAGGCUCCUCUUGAGGAGGAGGUUUAA